UAGUUGGAAUUUCGCUUUUGAUCUGGUUGGUUGUGUUUUUUGCAUCGCUCUUCGCCGACUGACAAUACUGAAUUGGAGAAAAACGUGCGUUGUAAACUCAGCUCAGGUAUAAAUAUAGAAAUAUCAAAAAACAAAUCAAUAAAUAGACUGCAAUUUACAAAGAAAUAAAAACCAAGAAUUAAAAAAACAAAACUUUUUAUACACAGUAAAAAACUUUACAAUGAAAAAAAAAUAAAGAUGCUUAAACAAGUUGCUGAUUCUUAAACGGAAAUCUUAAAAAAAAAUACCCUAGAAAUUUCUUUAGAAGAAAAACACGUGCAACAUUUAUGGCGCCGCGUCGCAGCAGCAGCGGCAACUCUCAGCAGCAGCAGCAACAACAACAUCGGGCAGAAGAGCAGCAGCAGCAACAACAACAGCAAUUGUUGCAUUUUUCGACUGUCACAACAACAACUGCCGCAAAUAUGGCGCCAAUGCAACAAACGGUAAAUGUGAACGGUGUGCAGUUGCAGCGCUGCUGCUAUCCCAACGGCGAAUGUGGCAAACUGGACGCGCUCAUCGCCCUGGACGAACCAGGGCUGGCGGAGUGUGUGCGUGUGCUGUGCAACAACGAGAACUGCAACGUCGGCCAGUACAUGCACCGCGACUGCUUCGAGCAGUGGGAGGCGGGGGUGUUGCAGCAACUGAAGAGCAGCAGCGCCCGAGCGCGCAGUUGGUCCGAGCGGCAGCGACUGCAGCAGCUGUGGACGAAGAAGGGCUACGAUCUGGUGGCCAAGAGUUGCAGCUGCAAGUGCGGCAGGGGGCAGCUGCGCAAGGAUCUCGAGUGGCUGCCACACGGCGUCUGCUACAACACAAGACCGUUAAAUGGCAACAGCAACAGCAACAACAACGGCAACAGCAACGGCAACAUCAGCGAGGAUGAUGACAAGAAGAAGGCCAAAAAGAAGCGUAAUCGCAACAACAGCAAUAACAACAACAACAACAAUUCGAAACAGGCUGCCGCUUUAACAGCUUUAAAUGCAAAUGUUGCUGGCAACUUGACGCCCAAUCCAAAUGUGGGUGUCAUUGGCUCCGGCUUGCCACACAACAACAACAACGGCAACAGCAACAAUUCUGUUGGCAACAACAAUGCUGUCAGCAACAUAUUGCAACCGAGUGCUGCUGCCACCUUGAGCAAUAUUCUCAUGAGCAGCAACAACAACAACAACCACAACAGCAACAACAACAAUUUGCUGGGUCUCGAUUUGCGUAAUCGUGGUGGCAGCCUCUCUUCCAGCGGCUCCAGUUCUCCAUCUAGCGCGGACAUAUCGCUCUCUCCCGUGCAACAGCAGCAACAGUUGCAGAUGCAGCAGCAAUUGCAGCUGCCAGCAACAAUCAACUGCAACAACAACAACAGCAACAACGGCUUUCCCAGCAGCUUGCUGCUGCAGCACAACGGUUUAGGCCUGGCCAAAAGUCUCUUGCCACCACAGCAGCAACAACAACCACAACAGAAACCACAACAACAACAGGUAGCACAGUUGCCAGCUUUGGCCAACAUCAGCAACUUUAAGCCAUUGGCCAGCUACGAUCAGCAACAACUCGUACAACAGCAGAAGAACAAAGAAGUCGAAUUAUAUUCAGAGCGCGUGCGCUCGACAUCUGGUUGCAAUGGCAUCUUCUCACGUCGCGUGGAUUUCUCAUCAUUCAAUUUGCUGCCAAAGACGCGCUUAAAUUCUUAUCAAGUUAAGAUUGAGGACGAGGGCAAUCAUGGCAACGAUGAGACACGCCUCUUCAUACUCUCCUCUCUCGCCCAGUCGCAGAUGAGUCGCGUCCAAUGCAUCUUGUGUGAGGAGCCGUUGCUCGUCUUUGAUCGCUAUCCGUUGGUCGAUGGCUCCUUCUUUCUAAGUCCCAAGCAGCAUUCCAGCGGCUGCAUUGAGGUCAAAUACGAGGGACGCAUGCUCUACUUGACCUGUGUGUGCAUGAGCUGCCUGGACGGCACCUCCAGCAGUCGCGUCAUCAGCUGCAGAUUCUGCAAUGAGCCCUGGGAUGGUUCCAGUCUGGUUCUUGGCACUAUGUAUGCCUAUGACAUCUUUGCGGCCAUGCCCUGCUGCGCCGAGCGUUAUAAGUGCAAUAAUUGCUUCAAGAUGUUGAUGCAUCCACAGCAGCGGCUGAACUUCUACAGUGAUUACUCGCAUGGUGUCACCUGCCCCUAUUGCAACACGCAGGACACACACUUUGUGAAGCCGCUGAGCUACUGCUACGCCAAGAGCAAUGCGACGCGGCUGCAGGCGAUCGCAUAACAUGAGGCCCCGUUGGAGUCGCCAACGGUCACAGGUGCAACAGCCGCCAGUGUCAACGGUGCUCCAACGGCCUCCAAGCAGCCGCUCUUCAAUGCGGCCAUCGAUUAUUCGGCCCCGCUGCAGCAGCAAAUUAAUCCCGAUCUUAUUGGCGCUCAUCCGCAUGCCCAGCAACAUCAGCAGGUAAGGCAGCAGCAGCAACCACCACAGCAACAGCAGCAGCAGCAGCAGCAACCAUCACAACAGCAACAACAACAGCAGCAGUCGACAAUUGCUGUCGUCAAUCAACCAGCAACAGUUGCCACCACAGUUGCUGCAACCACACAACGUGCUAAUGAGGCUGCUUAUUUGGUGUCUGCAGCAGCUGCUCGUGCUGCCAGCUAUCAACAACAACAGCAGCAACAACAACAGCAGCAGCAGCAGCAACAACACAAGCUGACCUUCACAAAUAGCCUAAUGGCCAUGGCGGAUGUAAUGAGCAAGUUUCAGCAACAACAACAGCAACAGCAGCAACAACAACAGCCGCACAAGCAACUAGGCCAUUUGAACCUUGGCCAUGAUUCCAAUGGCCUUUUAUUGACCAACAUUAACAGCAACAACGGCAACGGCAACGGCAACAAUGGUGUUAGCAGCAGUAUUAGUAACUUAUUAAUUAGCAAUAAUUCACAUAACAACACCAACAACAACAACAGCAACAGCAACAUGAACAGCGGCAACAAAUUAAACGCCGCCUGGUCACAACCAAUGGGAGGACAGGCGGAGGCCAUAUCGGCAUUGUGGGGCUGUGGCAGCAAUGCCUCAACCACUGGCUCCACCAGCGGCUGCUCAUCGGGCAGCGGCUCACAGCCGUCGUUGAGUCCGACCAGCUGUCACAGCAAGGAGUUGCUUUGGGCACAAACUUCACCCAAUUGCGGCCAACUCAGGGAGAAUUUCUAUGCGGCCAAGGAGCUGUUGCCACAUGCGGCAUCGCCAACCGCAUCGUUGACCAGCUCAUCGGGUGCCUCCUCAACUGGUGGCUGGGGCAAUGCGAAUGCUGCACAUUAUGGCAAGCUGAGUGCUGCACAAAAUAUCUGGGAAUUGCCGCCAGCCAACAGCAACAACAACAGCCUCAAUGCAGCUUCACUCGCCCACGACAUGUUCAGCGAUCUCUUGUGCAAUUUGCACAUUAGCCAGGAUGGCAGCCAGGCGAACAAAGCCGAUGCUAGCUCAGAUGUUAGCUCCAACUCAUCGUCAUCGGCUGGCGAGCUGCUUGAAGUGGCCAACAUUUGGCGUCACAGCGCCGCCAUCAAUGCACGCCAGCAACAGCUGUACGAGGAGCCAACUGGAGGUGCCCCCUGCAUGCAGCUCUUCAAUGAUUAUCUAAACAUGAACUAAAAAUAACAACCAUUCAAAAUACAAAAGCGAAUGUUACUCUAGCAAAAUUUAACAGAGAAUAAUAACAGUUACAGUAACAGUAACAGUAACAUUAAUUGUAACACUAACAGAAGCCGUUACAUUAACAGUAGAAAACCCAGCAGCAGCAGACAAAGCAAAUUUCCAACUACUUUUAGGAAUAUAUCCAACACAACCAAAAGAAAUGCAAAGAAAACUCUUGCUGCGUGUGUGUGUAAUUUUAAAUUGAUAAAUGGAAAAGCGAUUUUACUAAAAGCGUAAAACUUGAAACAAAAUGAUAAAAAAAAAAACAAAAACACUUCAUAUAAAACAAUUUAUCUUGUUACUUUUGUUGAGUUUAAUCAUUUUUUAAAUAUUACAAAAAACAAAACAAGCAAAAACAAAAAAAAAAAAAGGAACAAACAUAAAUGAAAGCAAUUUAUAGUUUUAUUUUAUAAAAACAAUUUUAUUAUAAAACAACCAAAAAACAAAAUUGAUACAAGACGAAGCAAGACAAGAAAACGUUAGAUUCUCAAAGUUUUUGAGGGAUUUCAGUUCUUUUUUUUAUAAUUUAGCAAA